AUGGCUACUGAACUCUUUCCGAGAAGCGUGAUUGCUAGCACAACUGCCUUUGCUAGCAGCCCUAUACCAGGUCCUUCGAUGACUGUGGAGCACAAUGCCGCUACACCACCUUCCCCCAGGAUAACUGGCGUUACACAGACUACCGCUGUAUACUCGCAAAGUGAGGUUUCCGCUUCUACUACUCUCGCUGUAUACGCGCAAACGAGUUCGAGAAGUAGUAGCCUGGAGAGCCCUUUCACACGAAUACCGUUUGUGCAGGUGCCUAUUUCAUCUUCUACCGACUAUGUGACAUCCGCGCCGCCGACCGCGUUGCAGAGCCGCUCUGAAAUCGUGACUAAUGAAACUCUUGUUGCUACUCGCGAUGCAAGUGUGACCGCUCUGGGAAAUAGGCCUUCUUCCAUUACAGAUACUCUGAGCGAUGAGUCGGCUCUUCAGUCCCUUGGUAGGACAUCCUUUGUCAGUCAAAUCAGCCUGAAUGGUGAAAUGAGUGUUACGACGAGUUUACCUAGCGCCAAUUACCCAAGCUCAGCCAGUAGUGCUCCUGCAACUCUCGUUGGCAACAUGCCGUCCCUGGGACAAUCAAGCCUGGUUACUGAAACUUCCAAUAUGAUUGACAAGGCGGUAAUUCAAACUCCUCAGUUUGAAAGUUCUCCUCGUGCGAAGAGUCGACAUGCUACAACCAGUGACAUGGGCAGCAACAGUCGGGAUGCUCUUUCUAUUGAUACCGCGACUUUAUCCGCGCCAGCGGAGAUCAAGCUUGAUAUGACUAGGGAUGUCUCUGAGCUACCAAAAUCUUUGUCUUUGUCCUCCAGGACAGUGGGAGCUUCAGCGCAGGGGAUCUCUGAGCAAUCAGUUACAACGAGCGCUCCCAGAUACGACGUCUCGCGAUCUGGGGUAGGGGAAAACUCCACUGGAACCCAAAGUCAGGAACUCGACGACACAGCUGACAGCGGUUCCAGUAAGAGUGGUUCCUCAGGGCAGAGAUCCUCAACGACGACGCUAGCCAGCCCGAACGGUGAAUUGGGUGUUACAAUGAGUUUACCUCGCACAUACCACCUAAGCUCAGUCAGUAGUGCUCCUGGGACUCUCAAUAGCAACGUGUCGUCUCUAGAACAACCAAGCCUGAGUUCUGAAUCUCCGAGUUCAAACGCCGAACCAAUAAUUUUCACAACCGAGAUUGCUCACGAAAGCCCUUCGCUUGUGAAUAGCCAGCAGCCUACGACCAGCGAACUGGUAAGCAGUCGUGUGACUGCUCCUACGGGUAAUGCGAGUGCGGACACAUCAGUAGAGAGCAAUCUUAGUAAGAUAAGUGAUGGUUUCGAACUAAAAUCUCCGUCAAGAUCCACCACAGCAGUAGGGUCUUGGUCGCAAGGAACUUCUGCGCCGUCAGUUACAAUGGGCGCUUCCAGUGGAAAUAUCUCGGAGCUCUUUGGGUUGGGGGAUCCCUCCACGGGAAUACCCAGUCAGGAAGACGGAACUAAAAUUGGCCAUACUCCCAAAGGUACUGCCAUGAGCGGUGCUAUUGUCAGUGUUACAACGGGAGAGAAACCCUCAAUCACGAAGCUGGGCCAUUGGACAACUUCCUUUGAACAUGCCGUCAUGACCUCAAUUAAGCAAUUAGCCGAGCAAAAUGGGGAAGAAGUCUCCCUUCUGCUGACAGCAGGCAACCAGUCAUCCCACCUAUCCCAAGAGGGACAGCUCACCAGCGGCAACUCUACUAGAAGUACUAACCAUUCGCAGAAUGACCGCAUUACGUCGACUCCACCACCCCAACCUGCAGAAAUUGAAGAUCCCAGCGGAAGUGUUCUUGCUAAGUCUACGUCGCAUAGCAAUGUAGCAAAUUUGUCCAUUUUGUCGCUAUCAAUGCCAGUCAUGCUUCCGUACGCACUGACAAAAUCCACCCCAACUUUAUCUGACCCUGCGGUUGCCACGAUAUUAAUUACGGCCCUCAGCGAGCUUACGCCUGUUACCAUGGUACAUCCCGUUCAUUCAGGAAGCUUCCGAGACGCACUACCGUCGGAGCACAGCCACCAAACAGAUGUUCUAUCAGUCACGUCCACUGAAGUACGGAAUUUUGAAUCAUUUACGGACGCCAGUACUUCUACUGCUCGGCCGACCCGUGAUACAGAUGCUGUAUACCAGGCCUCACAAUCGCACAGCGUAAAUAAGUCAAGUGUUUUCAUAUCUGUGGGUGUGGUUUCCGGUGCACUUUGCAUAUUCCUAAUCGUAUUUGGGUGGGCUCGUCAUUGGUGUAAGAGCGAGGGGAUGAUACGGACCGCUCGCGCAGAGACGCAGAAACUGACACCACGAGACCCAAACCGCUCCUAUUUCUCCCUUUAUUCUGAAGAUGGAUCUUGA